GCGAUUUAUUUAUUGAAUUUAAAAAUUAAAUUCUUUAAAUAAAAACCUUACGAAUCAAUUUAUUUCUCGAUUUCAUUGCGUUUACGACAUUUUAUUUCAAAAUGAGUGCAAGUCUGGCACGUGGAAUACUGAGCAAGAUGGGCGGCUCAUGCUGUCCUCACCAUGCCCCAGCUACAAAUCCAUUCAAACUUGCAAAGCUUCAUGGAAAUAACAAGUCAACAGAUUACGCGUUCGAGAUGGUGUGCUCAACUCUUCGUUUCGGAAAAGGAGUCACGUUGGAGAUUGGAUACGACGUCCGUAAUCUCGGAGCAAAGAAAACGUUGCUUAUCACUGAUAAGAAUGUGCAGAAUACGAUCGCUUUUAAAAACGCCGAGCAAGCCUUAAAAAUGGUGAAUAUCGAGUAUGAGGUGUUUGAUGAUGUGCUCAUUGAGCCAACCGUCAACAGUAUGCAGAAAGCAAUCGCAUUUGCCAAAUCGAAGCAAUUCGAUAGUUUCAUCGCUGUUGGUGGAGGAUCUGUGAUCGACACGACGAAGGCUGCAGCUCUAUAUGCUUCUAAUCCAGAAGCGGACUUCCUCGACUUUGUUGGACCACCAUUCGGAAAAUCCAUGCAACCAAAGAACCCAAUGCUCCCAUUGAUCGCUGUGCCAACAACUGCUGGAACUGGAUCCGAGACUACCGCGGCUGCAAUCAUGGAUCUUCCAGAGCACAAGUGCAAGACUGGAAUCAGACUUCGUUGCAUCAAGCCGUACUUGGCAGUUGUGGAUCCGUUGAAUGUGAUGAGUAUGCCUCGAAACGUGGCAAUCUAUUCUGGUUUCGAUGUUCUCUGUCACGCGUUGGAAAGCUUCACAGCUUUGCCAUUCGAUCAAAGAUCUCCACGCCCUGAGAAUCCAGGAGUUCGUCCACUUUAUCAAGGUUCCAACCCGAUCAGUGAUGUCUGGAGUAAAGAGGCUUUGAGAAUCAUUGGAAAAUACUUCCGCCGUUCUAUCUUCGAUCCAACCGACGAAGAAGCUCGUACAGAAAUGCUCAAGGCUAGUUCAUUUGCUGGGAUUGGAUUCGGAAACGCUGGGGUUCAUCUUUGCCACGGACUCUCCUACCCAAUCAGCUCCCAGGCGAAAAGCUGUGUGGCUGAUGAUUAUCCAAAGGAGAAGAACUUGAUUCCACAUGGACUCUCUGUAAUGACAACCGCAGUGGCUGAUUUCGAGUUUACAACUGCCGCGUGCCCAGAUAGACAUUUGAUUUCUGCACAGACUCUUGGUGCAGAUAUUCCGAACAAUGCCAGCAAUGAGUACAUUUCCCGAACUCUUUGUGAUCGGCUGAGAGGUUAUAUGCGAGACUUUGGAGUUCCAAAUGGACUGAAAGGAAUGGGAUUCGAAUUUUCUGAUAUUGAAAUGCUUACUGAAGCAGCCAGCCACUCCGUCCCAAAUAUUGCAAUCUCUCCAAAGUCUGCGGAUCGUGAAAUUAUCAGCACUCUGUACGAGAAGUCCCUUACGGUUUAUUAGUCAUUUUUCUUAUUGUACUUAUUUUAUUAUUGGUUGUACCAUAUACGUUAUUGUUUCUUAUGUUCAAUGUAAAUGUAUUUAGAAUAAAUAAAGAAACAGAAACAG